AUGGACAGGAGAGUUGACAUUGUUAGCUUCCCUACGAUAUGGGCUGAGAUGCUGAAUGAGAACAAAUUCUCCAUGAGCCGUGUCUAUCAAUGUCUGUUACAGGAUAAUCCCUUGGUUGAAUGGCGUCAUUUGCUCUGUCACAAUAUUGCUAGGCCUCGGGCGAAAAUGUUGUUGUGGCUGGUGUGUCAAGGACGGGUGGCAACCAAGGAAAGAUUGCACAAAAUGGGAAUGAUUCAACAUAUGAAUUGUGAACUCUGUGGGUUUCCUACUGAAAAUCUGGAGCACUGUAUGUUUAAAUGUAAAUAUGCAAUUAGCAUUUGGAGUAUUAUUCUGCAGUGGGUACAAAUUAUAGUCCCUAGUAGUAUUGAUCUCAAUUGGAUAAUGAAGUACACACAUAGCAUAGGGUGGAAACAUGGAUUUUUCAAGGCAGUGGUGGCUGAGACUUUGUAUGCCAUAUGGACACAGAGGAACAAAGUCACCUUUGAUAAAGAUUCAUAUACUCUUGAUAUAGAUAGAAACACAAAAAGUAUUAUUGAUGCACUUGUUUAUAGAGGUUGGAUGCAUUCUAAAUAUAGAGAGAAAAUAGCUAGUCUGCUAAUGUAA